GGAACGUUUUGCAUUUAUGUAUUGAUAUGUAUUUCGAAUAUACGAAUACGAAGUACGAUCAGCUGUGACAACAUGGCGGGCAUAUCGUCUAUUGCUCGAGCGAUUUAAAUUAAGAUAACGUAGAUCCACACAGAAACAAAGCCACGCAGUUCUAUGUGUUCGUUAGCGGCGCAAACAAGGUUAGCGUAAAUUGGCUACAUUUAGAAUAAAAACGUGAUAGAAAAAAUUUAUUAUCAACUAUACAGUUCUUCAUGUCGCUUAUUGCAGUUUUACAUUGUGAAUCAUCACUAAAGCUACACCAUUGAUAUGUAGCAGAAGAUACUGCAACGCAUGUUUUCAACUACCAUUGCGUCAUAUCCGAUGACGAAAGUAUCAAAAUCAUUUACAGCAUCAAUUUUGCUCUCAUCAACUGCAGCUUAAAGAUGACCAUUGAUCAAUCCUGAAAUUCUGCGAGAAAAAUCAACGAGAAAUUAAUUUGUGCUUUAUUACUUAUGCAUUUAACGAAAAUGCGUUUGGAUUGAAACAUAAGAGCGUUUCAAGCGGAAAUGCGUUUAAAAAAUUGUGUUUUUACGUCGUAAAUGUAAGAACAUAAAAAAAAGUUGACUAGGGGAAAUUAAUACAAUUUAAAUUGAAUCGAUAAUGUUUCAACAGUUGGAGAUUAAAGAAAAGUUUAAGCUUUUUAGGAAGGAUGUGUGUGGUGUGCUAAUUUGUCAUACUAAUACCAUAUAGUCACGAAUAUCGCGUAAUUGCGAGCGCCCGGUAUAUAGUCUUGAUAACGAGACAAGAUAGCUAUCUUAAAUUUUCGAGAUACUGUGACAGCUUCAAUGAUAAAAUAAGGACAUUUUAUUACUAUUCUUUUAUAAGUUCUGUAUCGCGCAUAUAUGUGUAUUUGUACAUACAUUGGUAUAUCUAUAAAAUCUCUUCUGUGAAGUCUCUUAACAAGUUCUUUCGAGAUCACGGGAGAGACUGGCUGCUUUAAAAAUAAGUUUAUUAGAAUCUGCGCGAUUAUAGAAAUCUUUUAAUAAGGCUCUGGAAAUUCUUCAAUUUACGUUUCAGACAAAUUGUGAAGUUUGUUAAUUAUAUAUUUGUGCGAGUAAUAUAUUAAAAAGGAUAACGUGGAGCCAGUGUGUGUAAUAAAAUAAUAAAAAAAAAAAAGAAAUAAGAGGUAGCCACUAAAAUGAUAAAUAAUCAGCAUUGUGUGAUUCUCAAUACUGGUGAGACCAAUAAUUAUCAUCAACCGGUCUCGGCUAAGCCCUCGGUUGUUUCUGUAUCAAGUAUCGAUUCUGAUGUCAGCGAUAGAAGGGAUGUACGUGAGGAAUUGUAUGCCGGAAUUUUUAGGAGACACAGAAAAACUAUACUGGUAUUAGGCAGUUUUCUUAAGAUGUUAAGAAAAUAUUUGAACAGAUUGCACGCUUUGAGCCGAGUAUACGCCUUAAUUGCUUUAAGAUUUGAGACACAAAAAUAUUGGUAAUAUCGUUUUUUUCUCUGUAUUUUAUCAUGCACAUUAUUUUGUAUUUUUAUUUUGAAAUGUCUGUUUCAUUAUAUAUCUCAUGUUUAAAUGCAAUGUUUAAAAUUUUUUAUAAUGUUUAAAAAAUGACACUUCACGCUUUCACAAUGUAUCAAAUCUUUGUAUACAAUUCAAAAAAAUUUUAUCACGAACUAUGUAUCGUAUUUUAAUGUUGCCGAUAUUAUCUAAAUUGGUCCAUGAAAUCGGCCAAUAUCUUAAUGUAUAUGCAAUUAUUGUCUGUGUUAUUAUUAACGAGCUUAAUAUUUAUGAAGGGCGUGCGCGCCACAUACGCGCGCUCGCGCGCGCAUACACACACAUAACAAACUAAGGGCAUACCUAACAGUAUAAGAUUUGAUAGUUAUAGAUUAAUGCGAAUAUAUCAAAUCAAUGCCUUAUUAUUUGAUACUUUGACAUCUUUUCUAGUUUUAUCGGUUAAUCGAGUAAUUAUUGAAAUUUAUUACUAACUCAAUCAAAGCUCUUUGCCGUAUAUACCUUUUUGCAUGAUCCAUAUCUUCAUACUAUGCUGUCAUACAUACAAAUACUGCCAUUAGAAAAUAAAACUACGAUACGGUAGACGUGAAUUAAUGAGCAAUUCAGAAAACAGUCAUGCGUUUAACAAUUUCCUAAAAUAUACCUAAACGACAAGUUUUAAAUAAGUAUCUACCAAAUGAGAUAAAUAUGUGUCUUUGUACUUAGCCGAAUCAUUCGUUGUCGUAAGACUGAAAGAUGUGCUCUUUUGGAAAAUUAAAUGUGCCCUGUGCUAUUUUAGAGAAAGAGAAAGAAAGAAAGAAAGAAAAAGAGAGAGAGAAAGACAAAGAAAGAAAGAACUUUUUUGUAUUUGUCAAUUUCUGGAUUGCUAUAGAUUUAGAAUUGGGCGUAUACAAUAAUACAAAGCAUAUUUUCUAACAGUCAUUUGCGUGAUAUUGCUAUUAAGUAUUGUUGCAUAUGUAUUGCAAUAGCAUUUAGAGAUUUAUUUGAAACUUUAAGAUAUACUUGAAAAUUGUAUUUUUUUUAUGCCAUAAUAGUUUUUAUGAACUUAAAAAAGAAACAUAUUGGCGCGUCUUUUAAGCAGCAGUAAGGCGAAAAUUUAUACUGACAGCUUUAUCAGAUUAUUUGUGCAUAUAUUUAAACAUCGCAUAACGUAGACAUAUGUAACGUUAAUUACAAAAUAGGAUUUUUAUUGAAGACCGAUGUAAAAGAAGAAGCGACAGAUAUUUUGUUUGUUUGAUUGUCAAGAUUCUAUAUGAUUUUUUUUAACAAGCAAUUAUGUUCUAAAUGCAUUAUUGUGUGUGCUGGGUGAGAAAAGUUUUUAUUAUCACUUUAUAUAACGUAUUAUUAUAGAAUGUAUCACACAAGAAAUCAGAUGUGUAUGUGAAACACAUAAUAAAGUAUUUAUAUUAUGUUUAAUAAAAAAAA